AUGAACGACGGCGUGGGAUGUAAGACGGCCGCGACCGGCGGCGGCGAUGCGUUCGUCGUGCUCAUGGCGGAACCGAUUACGCGCGGUUUGCCGCCGCCCGCACCGUUGCCGCCACUACCCUUGACGCAGCCGCCGCCGUCGGCUUCUGUCGACCCGUACAAAACUCGUCCGCGAAAACCGACGCGCAAAGAACGCACAGCUUUCGUCGUCUUGCCCGACCCGCCGCCGCCACCGACGGCGGACGUGGCCAAUCCAAACACUUCCUGUUCCGGUCGGGUUAGUCCUUUCCGGGCCUACGGAUUUAAGACGCCGGAAGCAGGCCGAUCGCGCGCAUCGAGUCCGCGGCCGCUCAGGCGACAGGCGUCCGACUCGCAGAUUGUGGCGAAAAAGAAAAAAACCGCCGCCGCGUCGUCCCUGACAGACGCCGCUAGACGGCUGUCCGCAUCUUCCAAAGACCUCACCGCAGCAAAACCUUCGAACAAAUCUAAAGCGUCGACGCCGAAACCAGCGCGCAAAAUUAUACCGGCGGCUCGCAGGCCACCGGUGUCGCCGACGCGCGCCACAAAAACGCCUCAGCCGUCCAAGACGCCCAAGACGCCUCAGCCGCCGAAAUCGUCUUUGCCGCCCAAGACGCCUCUGCCGGCCAAGAGGCCUCAACCGCCCAAGCCAACGGCCAAGCCACCCCUAUCACCGUCCAAACCGGCCGCGUCCAAAUCGCCGACUAAGCCCAAACCUGCGGCGUCCACCCACGGCACACCCAACCGUUCGUCUCCCGCUAAAAUGUCCAACAAAUCGCCUCGUCUUUCCAAGAAACCGAUCGUCAACGGCCCACCCGCCAAAACGGAUUAUUCGCCGGCGGCCACUGUCGGAGGGACGACGACCACCACAACGGCAGCCGCCACUGUAGCCGAAAAUAUAACGACCGGAGCGGUGACCGUCGGCAGUACGACGUCGACGGCGGCCACCACAUCUGCGGCGGCGUCGACUUCCAUAUCUGCCGUCGCUCCGGUCGCCAUCGACCCCGAGACGGUGACGCGAAUCACAGUCACACCGGUCACGGCCACUCCUCCGGUCGUCGUGGUCACUCAGUCGACGGCCGUCACCAACUCGGACCCCGUGAUCACACAGACCACCGCGGCCGCGGUUGCUCCCCCGUCGACGCGGAUCGCUUCCACCGUGACGCCGGCCGCACCGCCACCGAUCGGCGACCCGCCGGUCCGACCGUCCGUUUUGCGUGUUCCCCCGGUGGCCACCAUGACGGAUGUGACCCGGCCAAAACUUCCGCCGGCCAUCAAGCCGCCGGCCGCGGCCGCCACGCCGGCGUUGUCUUACCUGACGAAGGCCAUCAAGAUGGAUGCGGAAAACCCAAACCAGAGCGGCGGGCGAGCGGGCAUGUCCGCCUUUAUGGCCACCCGGAAGAUGUCCACGAGCAACGGCCACAAAACGGUGGCGUGGGCCAGACCGUCGGAGAAGAUCAUAGUGCCCGAACCGGAACAAGAACCGUCUGGAUGCAGGCGAUUCGCGAACAGGCUGUGCUGUGCCAUGAAGUGUUGUCCGUCGUCCAAAUGCAAAGGGAAGACUUGCGGAUGCCGUUGCGCCGCGGCGUCCAAGUGUUGGACGGCCGUGUGGAAGAGACGGCCGCGGCUUUGCGGGUCGACGGCUGCUGCGGCGGCCGCCGAGGAAGGGACAAGCGGCUGGUGGUCCAGUCUGCGCCGCUGUUGCUGCUGCUGCUGCUGCUGCUGUUGCAAACGCAACAAGGCGUCGCUGUCCGAGAACAGCGAACUGGGCGAGUCCACCGACGAUCUGCUCCCGCUUACGUUUUUCGGCAAACUCAGGAACAGGCUGGGCGGCCUGUGCUGUUGUUGUUGUGCCGCCGCGGCUACUUGCUUCAGGCGGUGUUGCUGUUGCCAAGGCAAACGCGGAGACGUUCCUAAGAAAUUAGUUCAAAGAAAAGGGACGCCGUUUAGAUGUACAGGGUGUUGUACGAACAUUCCCAAACUGGAGGCGGUAUUCGUUGACCAUUCUUCGGUCAUGAGAGGUGCCAUACCGGUGCUGCCACUCACGUUAGCUUGGAUAUGCUUGGUAUUCAAUGUCAUUUUGCCAGGAGCAGGGACCUUUUCCAGCGGAGUGUUUUGCUUGUGCGUGGGAAAACCCCGGUUCACCGUCAACGACACGUUCCAGUCCAGACUGGGCUCGUUGCUGGUCAACGCCAUCGUGGCCGCCUCUCAGCUGUUCACCGUGCUGUUCUGUUUGGUCGGAUGGGGAUGGAGCGUUUGGUGGGGAGUGAUAAUGAUCAAAAUGGCCAAAAAAUAUCAAAAAGUCAAACUAGUCGAUCAGUCUGCAGCCGCUGCAGCUGAAACGCCGGCGUCCGUCGAUAACAACCAAAAUAAGGACUUGGUGUGAAUCAUAAAAUAUCAUAUUAUUUUAUUAUAGAAAACUACAUACCUAGGGAAUCGACACGACACGUAUGAAAAACACUCACACAACAUAAUACCCGG